GUCGGCAAAGGAUCUUUGUAAUUUCCUUUCAAAAUCCCUGGCCAAGGUCUUCGCCUGAUAUCACGCCCCUGGCGUUCUGUCUAUGGGGCAGUGCAUUAAACAAAGAGAUGAGACACCAACGACCUGAAACAAAUAAUCACUGAUGCCAUUGGCACCAUUGAUGAAGCAAAGUAAAAAAAAAAAAUAAAACAUGGCAACAUGUCUUGAUGAUUUGGGUGCAACUAAUGGUGCCCACAGAAAAGUGAACGACUCGUCAGCACAUCCGCCUCACAGUCCAGAGGUUGUGGGUUCAAACUCGAUUGCAUGUUCACUGUGCCCCUGAGUGAGUUUUCUCGGGGUAAUCCGGUUUCCUCCCACGUUUCAAAGGCUUUCAAAGUAGGUUGAUUGAAAACUCUUAAAAGUCCACAUAGUUAUGAAUGUGAUUGUAAAUGGUUAUUUGUCUAUUUGUGCCCUGUGAUUGGCUCACAUUCUCGGUGACACCCACAAACUUAUUGAGGAUAAGUGGUCUAGAGACUGGAUGGAUGGAUAAUGGUGAGUUUUUUUUUUUUUUUAAUACUGAUUAGUCUAUUCAUUUGCCUGUUUAAUUAUUUUGUUACAUUGUAAAGAGACUUUAUGAACACCUUUAUACAGUGGACAGUUAAAACAGCGCAGUCAUGGGGGAAAUUAUGCCUUUAGCCUUUUAUGCUGCCUGUCAAGGCUGGUGUUUCCCCAUUUUAUUAGCAUGUCGCAGUUCUGUAGCCACCUUUUUCCUGGAGGUGAUGAUAAUGAAACGAUUACGACAACAAGUUCUUGUGAGAACAUGGAAGCAACAGUGAGGCUUUAGUCACUAGCGGGCUUUUUGUUUGUUUAUUGCUUUCUUUUGUAAACACUUAUUAACAGCCGCAACUUUUAAAAGUAUUAUUUUACAGCUUGGGAACGUGUUGAGCGGUGAACCUUCCACAAGCUUCUGAGACUACUCUGGUGGUAUCCUGGCCAAUUCUUCCUGACAGAAUUUUGGAUGUAAUUCUCGGUUCUGUCAAGAGUACAAUAUGACGGGCAACCACCGAGCUCCUCCCAUCGUUCCUAGAGGAGCUGCCCACAGGCUCAACGCGACAGAAAACCAAACACAUGCUGCGGGCCAAAGUCCUGACAAGUUUAUGAGUGAGCCUCAACGAAUUCACACAUCAACGUGGGUCGUGGCGGCCUUCUGCACUGUGAGCUUGUGCGUACUCUUUGCGUUCGGCAUUUGCGCGUGGAAGAAAUGUCAGAAAAAGGACAAGGACAAGAAAAAGGGACAAGAGAAGAGCAAGGGAGGAGGAGAUGCUGAAAUUGAUGAACUUUCCAAAGAGCCGCUGAAAGUCGAAAGCAAGAAGGUAACAGAGUUGUUAGACAUCCAACCAAAGGAAGACGAGAAGUUGGGAAGACUGCAUUUCACACUAGACUAUAACUUCACUGAAAAUAUGCUCGUAGUGGGCAUCUUGCAGGCCGCCGGGCUUCCCGCCAUGGAUGUGGGUGGGAGCUCGGACCCUUAUGUUAAGGUCUAUCUGCUCCCAGACAAAAAGAAAAAGUUUGAAACAAAAAUUCACAGGAAGACUCUGGAACCCAACUUCAACGAGACGUUCACAUUUAAGGUACCGUACACCGAGCUGGGCGGGAAGACGCUGGUGAUGACAGUGUACGACUUUGACCGCUUCUCCAAGCACGACGCCAUCGGGGUGGUAAAGAUACCGAUGAGCAGUGUGGACUUCAGCCAGUCGCUGCAGGAGUGGCGGGAUCUGCAGAAGGCAGAAAAAGAGGAGAGCGAACGCCUCGGAGACAUUUGUUUGUCCUUGAGGUACGUUCCAACAGCAGGGAAGCUGACUGUGGUAAUUCUGGAGGCCAAAAACCUAAAGAAAAUGGAUGUGGGUGGAUUAUCAGACCCUUAUGUGAAGAUCCACUUAAUGCUGAAUGGGAAAAGGCUGAAGAAAAAGAAAACAACUAUCAAGAAGAACACUUUGAACCCCUACUACAAUGAGUCAUUCAGCUUUGAAGUGUCGUGUGAACAGAUAGAGAAAGUGCAGCUAGCAGUGACCGUGUUGGACUAUGACAAGAUUGGAAAAAACGACGCCAUCGGGAAACUGCUGCUCGGUGGGAGCGUUGCUGGAACCGAGCAUCACCAUUGGUCGGACAUGCUCGCCAACCCGAGGCGUCCAAUUGCCCAAUGGCACAGCCUUCGAACAGAAGACGACGUCAAUGCACUAAUUUCCAAGAAAUGAAUACCUGAGAGGUGACAAUGGCUGAACAGUCUCCUGACCUCAUCUCCUUACAUGAGCUUUCUCCACUCUAUUUAUCAAACAUAGGCUUUCAUAGGAUAAAUGUGAUCAAGAUCAGUGGGUGGCAUUGCUACAGGUACUACAAAGAUUGAGAACAAUUCUUUCAAAGUUGCUGGUCAAACUUUGAUUUAUUGAAAUUUUGAACAAGAAAUUGAAAAUUAGCUCUGGAGUCAAACUGUCACCAUCUUCAAACAUGUAUUGAAUGUACAGGAAACAGUUUAACUAAUUUAGCAUUCUUAUAUGACAUACAUAAGUGUGAAAAGAAAUUGUUAUGCAACAAAACUGUACAAAACUACUCAACCUUUUACUGCAAUUAAGCAUACAGGGUGUUUUACUAAGUGUUCCUUGGAGGUGAGUC